AUGAUUAGAAAUAUUUUAAAUCGGCGAUUGUGCUCUACUGCAAUGGAUAUGCGAGUUUUUCCCAAAGGAAGAUGUUUCAGCAUCAUAAACGCAUUAUCGGAAGAUGAAUAUGAAAAGUUAGCCAAUGAAACACUUGAUAAGUUGGCAGACUAUUUAGAUAGUUUUCCGGAUAGAUUUUAUUGUGAUAAAGAAUAUGAUGUAAAUUCGUCAAUGGGUGUUCUUACUGCAAAAAUUAGCAAUGAAACGGGUAGCUAUGUAAUAAAUAAGCAAACACCAAAUCGUCAAAUAUGGCUUUCUUCACCACUCUCAGGUCCCAAAAGGUUUGAUUUCAUUGAAAAGAAAUGGAUCAGCAUUCGUGAUAACAUCUCACUAGAUGUUCUUCUGAAUAAUGAGUUUCGAAGUAUUUUUCAAACCAAAACAAUCGAUUUUACUAAACUUUUGGAAUAA